AUGGAGAAACCUACCAAAGAUCUUACAAAAUCUCUCGCGGUAGCACACGAUACGAUCGAUACAGUACAAGCCGAUACGUCCGCCAGUGACGACAUCAUGCGUUUUGAAGAUCUCUGGCAUACGACCGUCUGCAUACUGGAAGGGACACUGCAGUCUGGUGACUUGGAUGACCACCUAAAGUUUGGCUGUGGUGAAUUCGGGCUAUCGACAGGGCAUGUUUUCAGCUCGGAGAAAAAGACGUGGUUAUCAGUGAAGAAGAGCGGAUAUGUGCACGAUGGCGCAAAUCUGUUGUUACAGCAGUUCUAACAAAACAAUUGGGAGAUGAUCAGGUGUUGGCACACCAUUGCGGUUGUGGAGAGCUGAAUCAUCAUCGGGGAUUGCGAGUGAAAGACGUGGAACAACCGUGGACCAGGCGAGUGUCGCCACCAGUCAUACUGGUAGUCCUAUCGACUGGACCGAAGACGACAGCGGGAGACGGAGUGCGGGAAUCGGACAGAACGCCGAGGCCCUGUAGUAGCAGUAAGGGCGAGCGCAUGUCUAAGCAUACUGCUCAGAGGUCUAGACCGGCUCCUCAUGGGAUAGGGCUGCCUCGUUUGCUAGCGCUGAGCGGCACAAAAAACGAGACCAAUCAUACCGUUGCUGAAGGCAGCGCAUUGAAACCGUAAACAAAAGACGGGACGAGUUUGUGCGAAC